AUCGUCUCCGCGCCAGUUCGCGCGGGGCUGCAGCGACGUUGCCCUUUUAAGAACCAGCCUCCUUUAACUCUCUCCUAACGGGGCGUCCCGGAGGGGCUUGCGGCGCCCAACACAAGCCCGCCUCCCCUCGCGGCACUUCCGGACCCCGGCGUCGCCCUUUUAAGAGGCAGCCCCCAGCAGCGCUCCCCCCGCCCCCUGUUGCCGGCGCGCGAGGUGGGGGAGCCGGGCUGGAGCGGAGCGCGCCGUCCGCGCGGCCACUGGAGACCGGGCGGCCGGCGGCCGAGCAGGCGGCGGCGGCGGAUGGGGACGCGGAGCCGGGCGGCUGUGGCGGCUGUGGCUGUGGCGGCGGCAGGGAAGCAGCUGACGGGCCGGCGGCGGCGGCGGCGCUGGCGGCAGUGACUGGUCCAGGCCCCGGCGGCGGCUGCAGCGACGCGGUGGAGGGCUGCGGGCGAGCGGCGUGAGGAGCGGCGGAGGAGCGCGGAGCUGCCGAGAGCCGGGGGCGCCGGGCCGCCCCUUGUCCAGUCCUCGCAGGCCGCCAGGCCCCCUCCAGCCGGGGCCGUGGAGCACCGGGGCAAAGGCCGGGGCCCCCCCAUGAAGGAGCGCGACGCGGCCCCGGCCGAGCGGGGCAAGCCGGCCACCUACACCGGGGACAAGAAGGCGAAGAUGGCGGCCAAGACCAACAAGAAGUGGGUCCGGCUCGCCACCGUGUUUGCCUACGUGCUCUCCGUGUCGCUGGCCGCCAUCGUGCUCGCCGUCUACUACAGCCUCAUCUGGCAGCCGGUGGGCGCCGGGACCUCGGGGGGAGCCGCCGGCCCGCCCCCCGGCGGCUCCAACGCCACCGGCCCGUCCGGGACUUCGGGGGCGGCGGCCGGGCCCAAUGCCACAGGGUCGUCCCGCCGCGAGGCACCGCGCGACGCGCCCCCGCUGCAGGCGGCGCAGCCCAUGCCUCCGGAGCCCUCUGCAGACAGUCCCCCGGCCGGGCCGCUGGAGCGGCCGCGGGGACCGGAGGAGGACGAGGAGGAAGCGGCGGCGGCGCCCGGGAGUCGUUGAGCCCCUCCGCGCCAGGGGCGGCCGGGAACCAUUCUCCCCUCCCCACGCCCGGAGGCAGGACUUUGCAGCAGGACGGGGCGGGGAGCCCGCGGGACUGACCCCCACGGGGGUGAACGCCCUCUCUCCCCGCAACGAUCGCCACCUCGCCCGGGGAGCCAGGGGCCUGCAUCCCGAUCUUCAAGCCAAGGGACCACGAUUCGCCGGGGGCUCGGGGUUUGGUCUUCCCAGGACCGUGCUGCGCCAGGGCUCUGAGCCAUAAAGGGAAUGGGGGGAGGGGUGGGGAGAUCCCAGCUCCGAACCCUUUUUCGCCGCUAGCUCUUGUGUAUCCUACGUGCAGGAGUGACUCGGGCUUUCCCCCAAGACUCAGGGGAAGGAGGGAGCUGUAGGGGCUCUUCUUUAAUAAGCUGAAGCUCUCACAAGGAGGAGGGCACCAAAAGUAGUGGAGCUCAGGUACGUCAACCUAGUUGCAGUGGCCACAGAUGCAUUUAAUUUAUAGAUCCCUGUAUAUAGUUGUUGACAUAUGCACUAGAAGCUAUAAUUACACAGAACUAUAUGUAUCCUCCCACAACCCUGGUUAGCUUCCGACCGAUGGGGUCACGCAAGGGCUAUUUGCUGGCCCCCAAAGUGCAGCUAACCAGAAGGGCACAAACACUGUUUUUUUAUCAUCAUCCACUCUCUCCCCUUUACCCCCUCCUAUUUCAGAAAGAUUAGGUUUAUGGCCCAAAAGAGUAUAAUCAUUCUUAGACUUGAGAGGACAGGGGGAAACCUUAGAAGAAGUAGAAGCAGUUUAGGGAGGGUGGAGAACGAACUAAUCCCCUCCUCUUCCCACCCUAGUGCCCCCACGGAAGAGGCUUCCUGUUGCGGCCCUAAGUAUCUGGAUAUGGGCCAGGGAAGAAGGAAGGGAAAGAGCAAUGCCUCUGUGCUUCAAUCCUUGGCCUUCUCCUCACAGAGUUCUUUUAGGAAGAGCAAGCUUUUAAUCCUUUGAACUUGCCGGAGAACAUCUGGGAAUCCAGUCCCCUGUCCCCAUCCCUGCAUUCUGGACUGUUUAAUCCACUUUGGGAUGGAUCAAAGAGUCUAGAGAGACCACUCAUAGGUCCAGCUGCUGGCCUCCAGACUCUAAAGCCUUCACUGGAAUUGGGACAUUAGCUCCAGCUCUAGCUGUGAACAUGACCAGAGACAUUAUUUAUAAUUCAGCCAUUUAAGAUAUACCUGUACUCAAAAAGUCCUGUAUAUUUUUUAAAAGUUUUAUUUUUCAGGUGAACAAAAAUACAUUCUAAGAACUCUACAUAA